AUGAACCGAACCGUCGGCUUCCUGAUAACCUACUACAAAAUUCUCAUCACCCUACUCACGCCGUUCGUGUGCCUGCCGAUAUUCCUCGUGCACGACACCAAAGCCACGCGAUGCAUGUACAGCUUCGCCCUGAUGGUGAUCUAUUGGAUCACCGAAUCCAUCCCGCCGGCGCUCACGUCGCUCACCACCAUGGUGUUGUUCCCGCUAUUGGGCGUCCUCAAUUCCGACAAAGUCGCCAAGAACUUCAUGAACGACACCAACAUGAUGCUGUUGGGCAGCAUCGCCAUCGCCAUAGCGAUGGAGAACACCGGCCUGCACGUUCGCAUCGCCCUCUACGUGAUCAAGUGCAUCGGUUGCAGUUGCAAGAAGUUGCACAUCGGCCUGUGCAUGGUCACCAUGUUCAUAUCGAUGUGGAUAGCCAACACGGCCGCCACCGCUCUCAUGAUACCCAUCGUCGAAGGUACUUUGGUGGCGUUGCAAACGCAAGGUUUGAUUAAGAUGUUCAAAGAGGAUCCGACGAAGCCGCCGGAGGAUUGGCGUCCGUCGAACAUCACCAAAUGCUAUUACAUAUCGGCGGCGUAUUGUUCCACCAUAGGCGGGUCCGGUUGCAUUAUCGGAUCCGGUGCUAAUCUCGCUUUUAAAGGUUUGUACGAGGUGAUGUUUCCGGACAGUCCCGGCGUGGAGUUCUCCAAAUGGAUGAUGCACAACACGCCGCUGAUGCUCGUCAACAACAUCGCUAUGAUUCUGUGGUUGCAAAUACUAUUUUUGGGUCUGUUUCGACCGUUUUCGAAGACCGCCAAAGAAUUGUCGGCCGGCGACGAAGCGAUCGCCGCCACCAAGCAGGUAAUCAACAACAAAAUCGACGAAUUGGGUCCGUUGAAGUUCGGCGAGAUCGCCGUGGCGAUCAUCUUCGUCGGUUCGAUUAUAUUGUGGUUCUUCCGGAGGCCGGGUUUCAUGCCCGGCUGGCCCGAAUACAUCAGCGACGUGAAAUGCGGCGACGCCGUCGUCGCCAUCGUGGCGUUCACGUUGUUCUUUCUGGUCCCCAUCGAGCCGAGUUUCGUGUGGUUCUUCGGCAACGACGAAUCGAAGGUGCCCGAUGAGGCGUCGAAGGGCAUCCUGACUUGGAAGUAUUUCAACGCGAAGAUGCAUUGGAACAUGAUCUUCGUGUUGGGCGGCGGUUUCGCGAUGGCCGACGCGGCCAAAGAGAGCGGCAUGACGUCGUUGAUAGCGGAUUAUCUGCAGGAUUACAUGAGUUCGAGCGCUUUCUUGAAUCUGGUGGUGUUUUGCAGCAUCGGCACGUUUAUGACGCAGUUUCUGUCGAGCAACGUGGCUUGCAUCACCAUCAUGGUGCCUAUCAUAUUGGAGGCCUGUUCGAUGGCCGAGAUACAUCCGAUGUAUUUGGGUUUUUCGAACGCCGUCGCCUGUUCGUUCGCGUAUUUCCUGCCGGUUUCGACGCCGCCGAACGCUUUGGUGGCGGGUCCGGCGCGGAUGAACGGCGCCGAUAUGAUGGUGGCCGGUUUGGGCGCCAUCGCCAUUAGCUUGACGUUGCUGGUGUUUAUAUUUCCCGUGUACGCGCCGCUCGUUUGGGAUUUUAAUUUCCCCGAAUGGGCGGCUAUAAAGAACGUCACGGAGCCGGAGUUUUAG